CCCGGCGGCGCGGGGAUGCGGCUGCCGGGGCUGUUGUGGCUGCUCUGCGCCGCCGCCGCCGCGGGAGCGGGCGGGACGGCGGCGGGGGAAGGGGGGCUCGGCGGCGUGGACCCCCGCCGGGCGUGGGAGCUGCUGGCCGGGAGCCCCGCGCGGCCGAGCGGCAGCCGGGACCGCGGCAGGACGGGCAAGGGACGGGAUGGGAUGGGAGCCGGUGCGGCAGCGGGACCGGCCGGUGCCCAAGCCCCAGGACCGUCCCCUCCCGUCGCCUUGCGAGCCGGGGGGCGAGGCGCUGCCCCUGCCCCUCCCGGGGCCGCCGGCGCGCCGGAACGGCUGCUCAGGGAGCUGCAGCUCCUGCUGAAAGGCGUGGUGAAGGAGCGCGGAAAGGUGCACAGGAAGGUCGUGGAAAGGCGUGAGGAAGAGGAGGAAAGCAGCGAAGGCAACCCCCGGGCCGGGUCCCAUCGCCGCGUGGCAGCUGCCUUCCAGUGCCGGACGCGUGAGAACAUCUCCGUGGCGCAGAGAGCGCGGCAGGAGCUGCGGCUCUACUACACCCCCGAGCGAGAGAGGACGUUCCAGCGCGGCUCCGGGCUGAACCUGACCAGCGGGCACUACACGGCCCCCGUCGCAGGGUACUAUGCCUUCACUGCCACGCUGCACAUCGUGCACACAGAGCAGCGGAGGAAGGGGCGGCCGUGCGGGGGGAACCGCCUGCGGGUGCUGAUCUGUGUGCAGUCCCGCUGCCAGCACAACAGCAAUUUGGAAACCACGUUGCAGCUGGAGAGUGGCAGUGACUUCUUCACCAUCCCCGUCUCCGGAGUCCUUUACCUACAGGCCGGGCAGUAUGCCUCUGUUUUUGUGGACAACGCUGCAGGCUCUCCGCUCACCGUUCAGCGCGGCUCUGGCUUCAGCGCCAUCCUGCUGGGGGUGUGAAGAGGUGCUGGGCCCCACACCGGGGGCUGGACUCGUGUUGGGAGCAGCCAGGCCCCGCUCACACCCCCCUCCCCAGGGAGACCUUUCACUGCUGCAGGAGCUGCAAGCUGGUCUGAUACCACUCGUGCUGCAGAACCACCCCACAUUGGACGAAAGAUGGAGGACAGGGUGAUACUACUCCUACUAAUAAAAGCAGCCUGACAGGA